UAAAAUAAUGCUAGGUGGACCACAAUUUAUACCUAAUAUAGCAGGAUGAUUAAACAUUUUAUUAAAAGACUUAAAUGUUUCAGGUGUAUAAUGUGCCUUAUAAAAUUAGUAGAUUUUGGCUGAGGUUCAGCAUGUGUAUAUAUAAAGAAAUGGCCCUUGCUAGAAAAUAAAAAAUAUUAUUUAUUUUAUUUGAUCACAUUAAUAUCAUACUGAUAUUAAUAGCAGGGUAUUCAUAGACUAAGCUAACUUUAUCCUUCAUAUUUCUCCUUGGCUUUUGGCUUGAAUUGAGAGACAGAGGAGAGAUGGUGACCCAGAUUAAUGGCCCCGUUUUAUAAAUUCAGGGAAGUAGGUUCUGACUUUUUAACAGUGACAUUGUCAUCAACUCUAGAGAGUUAUACAGAAAUGGGGCAAAUCACUGGCAGAUAAUUAAUUUAGCUCCCUGGAGAUGAACUCUGCUGGUAUAUUUGGACUUUGUGGAAGUGAAAAAGAAAGAAAGUAAGGGGAAAAGUAAGUGGGCAAGACAAACCCAUAAAAGCAAAAACAGAGUCUGAGCCAUAUUUGGUUGUUACAUGUAUUUUGUUGGUGUUGGGAUGUGAAUGAAGGUCACCUUGCAUCAUGUAUUAGCUUGAUGUGGCUUCAUUGAAUGCUUCACUCACACAAUAGCAGACAUACAGACGUAACAGAUGCUCAUGAAGGAAAAGUUCAGAAACGUAUUAUCAAUAAAAACUGUUUCUGCUGGUUGAGAUUGUCUUUUUCCAUACAGGUGAAUCGAGGGACUUAUUCUAGGAGGAGCCGCCUGAAGAGGUCUGAUGGCAGCACCACCUCCACCAGUUUCAUCCUCAGACAGGGCUCAGCUGAUUCAUAUACUAGCAGACCAUCAGACUCAGAUGUCUCUCUGGAGGAGGAGCGGGAGGUGCAGGCCCAGGUCCAGAGCCAGAGCCCAAGCCAGAGCCAAGGACCGGGACAGAGCCGUCAGGAGAGGGAGCAGCAGGCUACCGUUCAACUGGAGAGAGCCAAGACUAAACCUGUGGCGUUUGCUGUAAGGACCAACGUCAGCUAUUGUGGCGCACUGGAUGAGGAUGUUCCUGUACCAGCCACCGCCAUCUCCUUUGACGCCAAGGAUUUCCUCCACAUAAAAGAGAAGUUCAACAAUGACUGGUGGAUCGGUCGGUUAGUGAAGGAGGGCUGUGAGAUCGGCUUCAUCCCCAGCCCUCUGAAGCUCGAGAACAUCCGGCUCCAGCAGGAGCAAAAGAGAGGACGAGUCCAAGGUAAGUCUGGAGGGAACUCUUCUUCCAGUGUAGAGGAUGAGGUAUCUGCCUCUAUCCGCCCUCUCAUAUCCUCGGCAGGAAAACAGAAACAGAAAGUGACGGAGCACGUCCCCCCAUAUGAUGUGGUUCCCUCCAUGAGGCCUGUAGUGCUGGUGGGACCCUCCCUCAAGGGUUAUGAGGUGACCGACAUGAUGCAGAAAGCACUGUUUGACUUCCUCAAGCACAGAUUUGACGGCAGGAUAUCUAUCACACGAGUCACAGCAGAUAUAUCAUUAGCAAAGAGGUCUGUUCUCAACAACCCCAGUAAGAGGGCCAUCAUUGAAAGAUCCAACACUCGCUCCAGUUUAGCUGAGGUGCAGAGUGAGAUUGAGAGGAUCUUUGAGUUGGCUCGCUCCCUGCAGCUGGUGGUACUAGACGCCGACACCAUCAACCACCCAGCCCAGCUCCUCAAGACCUCCCUGGCCCCCAUCAUUGUUCAUGUUAAAGUCUCCUCGCCGAAGGUUCUGCAGAGGCUAGUCAAGUCCAGAGGGAAGUCUCAGAGCAAACACCUGAAUGUGCAGCUUGUGGCAGCUGACAAAUUGGCCCAGUGCCCUCCAGAAAUGUUUGACAUCAUCCUGGAUGAGAACCAGCUGGAGGACGCCUGUGAGCAUCUCGCUGAAUACCUCGAGGCCUACUGGAAAGCAACCCAUACCUCGAUGGCGACCCCCCUAAACCCCCUGUUGGGACGCAACCUGGGCCCCACCACCCUCACCCCGUACCCCACCAGCAUCUCUGGACUGCAGCAGAGCCAAAGAAUGCGGCAGAGCAACCACACGGGAGACCAUUCUACCCCGAACGAACGGCGCAACCUGAUGACAGCAGACGAAAAUUACCACAACGAGCGGGCGCACAAGGGACGCAACCGCAUGUCCUCUGGCUCACAGCAUAGCCGGGAGCAGCAGGACCCCUACCAGGACUACCAGGACCCCUAUCAGGAUGCAUACAAGCCACAUCGCAAUCGCAGUUCACCGGGCAGCUACAGCCAUGACUCCCGACACCGGCUCUGAGCCUCUUCUAUCAUCACCGUGGCCCAAACGGCCCAGGUUCCACCCAAAAUAAACGCUGCAACAGAGCCAAAACGGUCCCAAAUUGUACCCUUUUGUUACGGUUUGUGUUAAUUUGUUUUGUCUACUUGGCUAUUUUUCACUUAAAAAGUCCAACAAAAAUUUUGUUUUUAAGCAACCAGGGCAAACCCCCGUCAAUCAACUGCGCGAGUAGUCGAGAGGUUCUGGAAGCCAACAUUAACUAAUGCUGUAACAUUAAUUAUUUUAACUUAUGUUUCUGGGACCUUUUGGGAUUGUACGUCUGCUCAGCACCCGUGCAGCGCAGAUUGUGCUUGUUGCUAGUGUCAGCAAGCUAAUUAUGGGCAGUGGUCAGAUGGUGAUGGUGUGUGGGCUUCUAAGUGCCUGGGACGCCGCACCAGGUCGGACGGAAGUCCACUGCACACAGACUGCUGAAGGCUGCUGACCCCUACCCUGGACCAUGUAUAAAUCCUCUCACCAUUUAGCUAAUUGCAUGCUGAUAGAUGAUCAACCUCCGCAUCCACUUCAUUGAUAUUUUGUACCUAGCAUUCUGGAUUCUCCCAUGAUGAGAUGUAGAUACGGAGGUCCAAUUUUCUAAAUCACCUGAUUGUGUGGAUAGGCGGUAGGUGGUGGGUUUGUGUGGGGGAGUGCAGAUGAUAUCUGGCUGCUAGUUUUGAAAACUGGUGCUUCACAUUCCCAAACUAUUUUGCUAUUUGAAAGUCACUUUGAGCAAGGCCAGCUUUUCUGUAGCAUAGCUUUAGGAUUUCAUUUGGGUGAAGACCCUCACCGUCAUAAGUGGAGCAGAUUCUGAUGGUGCUGGGAUCAGAUCUCAGUUACACUGUAGGAGAAGGCAAUACUGCUCUGUUUUUAACAUCUAGGACUUAGAGAGUUAGAGAAGGCAAUAUCUGUGACAGUCUGUCAGAUAGUAUAGUGAAAUACAAUAGCAAAAUACUACUUGAGAUGCCAUUUGAUGUUGUCGACAUGUGGACCAGCAUAAAAACCAAUGCUGUGAGAACCUUUAGAGCAGUUUGGGAUGUUUAGUCUAAUAUUUUCGGUGUGAAGAAUAGGAUUGGGAACAGUCUUUCUGUUUGAUAGACCUCAAAGAGCAUCUUAUGCUGAAACUACAGGUUGUUUUGCAUUUAUUAGCAUUGAAAUCAAAGCGUUGUAUAGCGUUAAAAACAAAGGUACAAAUGUUGGUUAAGUCUUGCCAUUGGUUCAUGGCCAUCGAAGUUCCUUCCUGUAGUUUUAGGGGAUUAAAGCAUUAAAAAUGUGACAUGGCAGGAUAAGUUGCAUCACGUUCAUUCUCUGUGUAGCUGGCAUGUUGUCCUGACUGCAGAGCAUGUUCCCUCCAAAAGUAAAAUAGAACCCUACUGUAAUCAAGUUGAUGUUUGUAGAACUAUAGGGCACCUUUCUCCAAAAAAAAGAAGAAAAAUAGAAAAGAAAAAGAUGGCCCAAAUUUCACAUGUCUCUGGAUCCUUGAGGUUUGUAACUCAAUAUGCUGAAACGGCUAACAGAAAACAUUUAAGUAUUGGUUUAUGUAAAGUUUUUAAGAGUUUCAGUGAAUUGCAUGACUGAAAAGUGGAGCCACCAUCAUGAUAACAGCUUCUAUUAAUUAUGUUUUAAGGUAGAAAGUGCACUGAAACAGCUGUCUAACAGUGAUACAACUCCAACCCCUGCCCUCACAAAAAAUUGAGAUAAUAUAAUGGUGCUUUGUAUGGAAGCACAGAGCUGCUGUAGUUGCCAAUCAUGAUUUUAAAUCUUGUUAUCAUUAUCAUAAUGUACUGUACAUAUCUUAUUCUUUUAAAAUGUUGUGGUAACAACUUAACUAUCUCCAGGGAAUGAACAGUUCUAGCUAGCCAGAAAGAAGCCUGAAAACAGGCUUUAAAUUAAUAAUACAUUUGGCUAAAUGGCUAAUUUAUUGAAAAGAACACUAUCAGAGGAUAAUGUUCUUCAUACUUUCACUGUCCACAAAGUCAUUCCUCUCACCUUUUGAGAGAAAGAGGCAUCAGGAGAAAGUAAGCACCAUUUGUUUAUGUUGAAAUAAUGAGAUAGUUAAGUUGUUACCUUAGCGUAACAGAGAUAUAGUAAUUAUGGCGAGUUGUUAUCUGAACAGUUUGUCAAUUUGAGUCAAGGCUUCCAGGUGUUGACAGGGAGAUCUUUGUGGAAAGACAAAAACUGACUAAAGUGUGUCUUCUGAUUCAUGUGUUCUCCUGGCAGUGUGUCUUGGUUGUGCCCUCGAUGAACCUAAUAGGUGAGAAGAUGGACAACAUAAGGUAUAAUGAUAUACAAGUUUAUUAUCAGUUCAGAAAGCUUGUCAGUUUGCUUCUACUAGACUACAGUGAUACUUUCUAAUGCCACAAAAUGUUGCAAUUCGCAAAAAAUCUAAUGAUGGUAUUUUCUGUACCUGUAUGGAGGACCAAACCUGACAAACUAACUGAUAAGAUUAGAAAUCAAAAAAUUCUUAAAGUAAAUUAACAUAAAAAUUUCUAUCUACAUUAUUUAUUUAUUUUUUCAUUAAACUUAACUUUAUUUGACUAUUCAAUCCUCCAAUUGAUCAAUUUCUUUUCUAGUCAGCCAAGUUUGUUUCUUCAAAUUCUGCCGUCAGUCAACGACACACCAAAAACACACUGCCGGGGAAAUUUAUUCUUUCAGGAAAAUAAAUCACAGUGAAACAAGUGAUUGUUUUCCAUAUGUGCUGUCUGAUAUCAGAUACGUACAGUAUAUAAUUGACUAUAUUUGUCUGAAGAGUUUUCUUUGGCAUGUUUAGACAAAUAUUGGAGCUACUUUUAACUUUUAGACGCCUUCCCUUCUGACAAAACGAUGUACAGUAGUGACCGCGGCAGCACCAGAUAAGCUUGGUGCCUUACAAACAGUGAAUGAACCUCUUAACAAAAUGCUCAGAAAAGAAAUACUGGCUCAAAAGAGGAUCCAUUCCCUUAAAGAUAAUGAGAUAUAAUGAUUUUUUUUUACUUGAGAUCUAUACAGAGUUCUAGCAAAAUAGUAAAGAUUUGAAUAAUAAAUCAAAAACUGAUUUAAAAAGAACAAAAGAUAAGAUUGGGGGCUGCUGCUUUUAGGAUCAUUUCCAUUUUUCUUAAAACAUCUCUAAUAAAUUAGUAGAAACUUGGUCACAGAGCGACUCAACACUAUAUCUUGUAUGAAGGUAAACUUUGCUGCAAGGUUCAUGUCUGUUGUACUUUAUACCACCAACCUGAGUAUAGUUACUCUUUAAAUCAAUCGCAUCACGAGGCAAAAACAUUGAUAUUGGACGAUUCUGCAAAACCCUGGAUUAUGACAAAAUUUUUCAGUUUUCAAUGCAGACAUUAUGAAAAAAAAUUUCUUGUUUAAUCUGCACAAAUGCUUAUGUCUACAAAUGGCAAGCUGGGUGCAAUAACUUCCUAGUCCUAAGUCUUGUUGUUACAGGAGGUUCAGCAGAAAGUCUUCAGGAAGUUACUUCUCCUCACCAAAAAAUAGUCCAGUAAACAGACAGAUUAAAUAAUGGCAAUAUGUAAAGUGUUAAUUAAGGAGCGUUAGAGGUGCUGCUAGGUGGAUUUUGAUAUUUCAUACAGAGCCAGGCUAACUAUUUCCCUUUCUUAGUCUUUAUGCUAAACUAAGCUAAGCUGAGCUAACUGCUGGCUGUAGAUUUGUAUUGUACAGACUGAAAUGAAAAUGAUAUCAAUCCUCUUACUCUUAGAAAGAAAGCAAAUAGGCGUAUUUCCCAAAAUGUCAAACUACUGCCAUACCUCAAACCCUUUCAGGUUAGGGAAGGAUUGUGGUUAGGGUUUUUAAGAAAGAAAAUAUUAAUUGUAGGUUUGCGAAAGAACAAAAACUCUGGUCUGCCAUAAUAAGUCGGAGUUUACACAACCUCCACUCCCUUGAUUUUUCCAUCUCUACAUAAAGGGCACACUACUUCCUGUAUUGGCACUUAAUGUAAAUUGUGGCAUGCAGAAUCGUCUAAUAUGAAUGUUACAGGGGUUGCGAGCAGGCAAGUCUUGAUAAUAUGUAUUUCAUUUUGUAUGGAAACUGGUGGACAGGAAUGUCUUAAAAGUAUAUCGUAUUUUAGAUUCACGCUGUGUAACAAAUUCUGUCCUAUAUAAUAAGAAAUACAUGACUAUCCCCAAGAAAUGUUCAGCCUGACACAGUUUCAAAAUGUCUUGAAGGGACCUCAUUUGUGAGGCCUAAUUAGUGCAACUUUCAAAGGAGAUCAUGGCUAAACACCACACUCCUCCUUAUUUUAUACCCUGACACCAACCUAAAGCCUGACCUGAUAAUUAAAUACUGAUCAAAUGUUUUCCCAUGAUGCAAAGCAGCUCUUAAUUUAUUGAUUUAAACAGAAUAAGAUAUAAUGUAUUUUCUCUUAAUCACUCUGUAUACAUCAGUAUGAAAGGAGGAAAAUAAUGGUGAAAAACUUGUAUAGCACAAAAGAAUAAGCAAAAAACUAAGGCGGGUUUUGAGCAACUGUUCUUACAAUGUAAAUCUAGUAUGAGGGCACAGAUUAAAUCCAGAAUCAGUAGAUUUCUUUGCCCACAUUCCCUGUUCAUUUCUUUGUUGUACACUGUUUGAUAAUGGACUGAAACAUCAAGACUGCAAAUGGAAAAUGUGUUUCAAUGCUACUGUUUACAAGCACGCUUACCUGUCUCAUUCUGCCCCAUAGCAUAAACGUCAUUGGUUGAUUGAACAGGGAGCCAUUUUCCAUUCAAAAUAAAACCAACCAAUGUUGAGCUGGGCUGCUUGAGACAAUCAGAAGGUAUUUCCAGACCAGCGUACCACCAUCCCUCUCUUUGUAAAUGUGCCGAAAUGAUGAGAGAUGUUUUGGCCCUUUUGACUUGUGGAAGUAGAUCAGAACAAAAUUACACAAAGCUCACUCAGACUUCUAAAAAACAGCCCGUCCUGGCUUUCCUUAACUUUCGUUUCACCUUUACCUCCUGCCAAACUUUUGUCUCAAAAUGAAACUCACUGCUAAUUUUAUUUUUCACAGAUUCAAUCUCAAAGUAACCACAAAUACAGAACUUAUAAGGAAGAUUUUCUUUGGUAAGAUGUAAAACAAAAGAAAAUAAGCAAAAGAACAAAUAUUUAUUCCAGUAGAAAAGUUAUAGAUGAAUAUUUGCUGGCCAUUAUUUUUAUAACAAAUAAAUGUACAUAAUGUCUUUGAGAAAUGCUAUUUGCUGUAUACAUGUGCUGAAAUGAGACAAUGAUGAACCACUUGGAACAACAGCAAGGUCCAGUAUACAAAGUUUCAGUAAUGUGCAAUACAAAACGGCAUGCUGUUUUAAAAUGAGGAACUUCAUGUACUGUACUAUGCAACCGCAAACUGUGUACAUCGCUUCAUGCUGUGGCUUCUCCAACCACCCUUUUCCAAGCAGCUUCAUCUGGACUUUUAAGGGAUGUUUGUGUUGAUAUUUUUUUUUUCUGUGGAAGAUGAAAACCUAAUGCGGUAUUGCAUGCAUAAUGUACCAUUCUAAUUUAUAAAAAGGAAUUAAAGAAAAA